ACGAGAAUGAUGCAAACAACGACGACGCGGUUUUGAACGCAACGAUAUAAAUCGACGACCAUGCCCGCCUAACGAUUCUCAUUUCUUGUGGAGUCGGGAGUGGGUGGGUGUUUGAUCGGUAUCUUUUUCUGUCGUAGAAAACUCUGAUGGGCUGCUGCGCGAGUAAAAGCGCUGACACCAAAGCCAGCCAGAUCGCGCGGUGGCGCGCCACCGGCAUUGUCGCCUUGCGUGACGCCAAAUUGAAGACAUUUCCUGAUGGAGUUCUUGAUUUGGGCAGUACUGUGCGCACUCUUGAUGUAACACACAACAAAUUAGUUAACAUUCCUAUUGAGAUUAACAAAUUAAUCAACUUGCAACGACUGGUCUUAUCUGAUAACCUUAUUGAGCAACUUCCGAUGAAUCUCUGGAAACUUCAGUCUUUGAAGGCUAUGAUACUAGAUGGAAAUCGAAUAACUUCCUUGUCUGAUGAAUUGGGCCAGCUGGUGAGGCUUGAGAGAUUAUCCAUUUCAGGAAAUUUGUUAACAAGCUUGCCUCAGACUAUUGGGAGCUUGCGCAAUUUGUUGCUUUUGGAUGUGUCAAACAACAAGUUGAAAUAUCUUCCGGAGUCAAUUGGUAGUUGCUUUUCUCUGGAAGAAUUACAAGCGAAUGAUAAUCUGAUUGAGGAUCUUCCUUCAUCGGUUUGCAAUCUCAUUCACUUAAAAUCUCUUUGCUUGAACAAUAAUAAACUGAACCAGAUUCCUCCAAAUAUAUUGAAAGACUGCAAAGCAUUGCAAAACAUUGCCCUGCAUGACAACCCCAUUUCAAUGGAUAAAUUUCAGCAGAUGGAAGGAUUCCCGGAGUUUGAAGCAAGGAGGAAGAAGAAGUUUGACAAGCAGAUUGAUUCAAAUGUGAUGAUCGGUUCCAAAGGCCUCGAUGAGGGUGUUGAUUUGUGAUAGUAUCACUAUGGCUCUGCUUGCCGGAGUAAGCUAAAAUAUCUCUAGAUAUCGACUCAUUGAAGCCGUAUGUGUCAACUAUGGAGAGGUGUGGUUGCUUAUGGAAGCUAUAAAUUCCAAUAAGUAUUUCUUGAAGCUUGCGAUAAACAGGAUAUCUAUGAGGCUGUCCCUUAAAUCCAUAUAUGUGAUCCAAUCUCAGUUGUAUAGCAUUGUAAUUAGUGGCUCCUUCAGUAGGUUAUAUUCUACCUUGUGACUUGUGGGGACUUGUAUACAAAACUACUGCUCGAAAUAGAUCCUUGAUACUUAACCCUUGUGAGAUGCA